GGAAAACGUCAUGCUUCGGCGCGGAGCAUGCGUAGUGAGAGGGUGUGAGCAAUCCGGCGGAGAAGGGAAGAGCUGCUGAGGAGUGGUUUGGACAGAUCAGCACGGCAGCCAUGUCUGUUGAGGAUAUACAGGCCCGAGCAAACCAGGUGGCCGAUGAGUCCCUGGAGAGCACCCGGCGGAUGCUGCAGAUGGCGGAGGAGAGCAGAGACGCCGGUGGCAAGACUAUGAUCAUGCUGGAUGAGCAGGGAGAACAACUGAGGCGCAUCGACGAGGGGCUGGAUCAGAUCAAUCAGGAUAUGAAGGAGGCGGAGAAAAACCUGACCGACCUUACUAAAUGUUGUGGCCUGUGUGUGUGUCCUUGCAGUAGGGUGAAGAACUUCGAGAUGCAGGAUGCAUACAAGAAAGCCUGGGGUAGUGAUUCUGAUGGGAACACAGGCAGAGUUGUCUCCAGUCAGCCAGGCAACAUGCACAACAACCAUGAGAUGACCGGGCGGGGUGGUGAAGGAGAAGGCUACAUUACCAGGGUAACCAAUGACUCUCGAGAGGACGAAAUGGAAGACAACCUGCAACAAGUGGGCAGUAUCAUCGGAAACUUGAAAAGCAUGGCCAUUGACAUGGGCAACGAAAUAGAUGCCCAGAACAAAAAGAUCAGUAACAUUGCUGAGAAGGCUGAUGCCAACAAAGCUCGGAUCGAUGAUGCCAACCUGACAGCAAACAAACUCAUCAAAAAGUAACAUGGAGCCUUGAAUGUACAGCUUCACCUCGUCUGAUUUCUGCGUCCCUUUCCAUGGGAGUCAUUGUGCCUUCUUACAUCUCGAUUUCUCCCAACGAGCUGACUGUGAAUUAGUGUAAGAUCUACAUUGCUUCCAAGUGACUCCCAGCGUUUUUGAUCAGUGUAGUCUACCAGCCGGACUCUGGAGCCAGUCAAGGUUGUGUCCAAAGAGUGACUGAUUUUUUUUCCCCCUCUUCCAUCGUCCACCCGCUGGCCUCAUGUUUAAAUGGCUUUUAUCAGCAGUGCAUUUUUUUGUACACUUCUUGUCCAUUUGUUGGCUACCAAUGUAAUGACUGUGAAGGACUGACUGCAAGGAUCAAAAGUGGGAGCUGUGGGCAGUCCAAAAUAGCAAUAUCAGGGAGACUGGUCUCUCUUUAUUCUUCCUCCCAUCUUUCUUCUUUCAACCUCUUGCUGUUUGCUCUAUCUUUUCCUCUCGGCCUCCAAUCAGAUUCUACUAGAUUAUUUUAAAUAUCCGUAUUAUCUAAUAUUCAUUUAAACUAAGUAUUUCAGACAAAAGCUGCAUUGGCCAAUACCAGAGGAUAAUGUUGCUCUGAAGGAAGAAUGAGUAGUUUAAUUGUACAUGAUCCAGAAUGACUUUACUUUUGCAGUUUGAUUGUGAUGCACUCAUUGAGAGUUACAAUGAUUCAACCCACUUCAGUAAUGGCACCUCAUCUCUGGGUCAUGGCAAUAAUCCAGAUAUCUACAGCCUCAGUGUCUCGCUACCCUUCCUCUGAUUAUUCUGUUUCGCACCCUUGCUCUUGUUUUAGCUGUGAAUUGCUUGCCAGUUUUUAACCAUAUUUAAUUUGGCAACUCAGAAGGUUUAAUAACAAUCCUAUUUCUGCAAUGCAAACCACAUUUUAGUUCUGCCUCAGAAAUCGAGCUUCCUUUUAUGGGAGGGGAACACAGACUGAAAGCGCUGGGAUAUGAGUCUGCUGGAUCUCGGACAGUGAGAGAACUGAGUGAUUUUUGAGAGGGAAUUGAACCCGAUUUGAAAAGUGCUGCUGCUUGACAGUGACUCUGGAAAUGCUGCUUCAUAUCAAAGCACCCAGGGUCUGGGCCUUCCUGUCAAUCCACCUCUCCCACCUUUCUUCCUGGCUUUAGUCUUCCAAGCCACCUAGAUCAUGAGCCUUCCUGUCAAAUUUAUAGUACACAAGCCACCGUGACUAGGCAUGCCCAUCAAUCUUAAACUUUGCCCUAAACUAGAUGGGCACCAGCAGUUUGGAUUUCCCAUCUGCUUCAAUCACAUCUUCCUAUCAACCUCAACCACAUUGGCCCCAAAGAAUGAGCCUUCAGCGAAUAAGCCUGCAACCAGGGCACUGUAGCAGCUGGAUUAUGAUAGUAGUCUUGUACCAAGCAUGUGAGGAGAGAGCUGAACCCACAAUAAACUCUGCAGUGGAGUAAAAUCAGUGACCACAGGCCCAGCUGCAAGAGCAAACCAUCAAUUAACAAAGAUGGGAACAAAAUAGUAAGAUGACCUGCACGUGCCUGUGCUGGUUGGGCAAAGUCACCAGGAUUCUCUACAUGAAGGCCCGGUCUUCAGCCAGCGCCUCUUGCAGCUUCACAUCAAUUGUUAUCGAUUACUCGUGAACAGAAGAAAAACUGAGUGGCGGUUAGGGCUGAACAGACUCUUUCCAGUGCACACGGCUUGCUGUAAUAUAUAUUUUGCACAUUUAAUCAUUUCUCUACUCUCCAACUGCAUUGAACUCAUUGGGAAGUAAUGAUGUUUAAUAGAAAUAAUGUGAUUACUAACUGCAACCUGACUCUUUAUACCUUAAAACAUCUCAUUUCUUAAAAGAAAUAAAACUCGAUCCUCCUGA